GUUAGCCGUGUUUCUCUUUAAACUUUUCGGCGUGUACCUUCGCCUCUAUAUGUGUUUUUAUAUUCCGUCUUCAUGUGAAUCGGCGCCGGGGGGCACUGGAGCAGAGCGACCAGGAGUGUCAGUCAAGAGGUCAAGGGGCAGAGCUACAGAACUGGCCCCAGCAGACAAACACUUGCAGAGAUUGAGGGCACUUCUAGGACUGGAACACGCCCUAAGUGGCGGGUGAGAUGACACGCCCCCGCUGGAUUUCCUGGGUCAGCCUCUCUCUCUGGUGGCUUCUACUGGCAUAUGUUUCCAGACAGGCCGUGCGAGGGGGUGGUCAGACAGAGGAGUGUGGUGGACGAGACUGCAGCGUGUGCCCUUGUUUGGCAGUUAAAGGAGCCAGGGGAUCACCUGGUGCUCUAGGGGCAGAAGGUCCUCCGGGGACUAUAGGUUUUCCAGGCCGGCAGGGUCCUAAAGGAGAUAAAGGAUUCCGUGGAUAUGAAGGAUUUCCUGGGGAGUUUGGGCAAAAAGGGGAAGCUGGUUCUCAAGGAAGAAUGGGGUCUCCUGGAGUGAAUGGAGUCCCUGGCCAUCCUGGACCACCUGGUCUUCCAGGUCUUCCAGGAUUAGAUGGCUGCAAAGGAAUGCAGGGUGACCCAGGACCCAGAGGCCUUCCAGGAGAAAUUGGCAGAGCUGGACCUCUGGGUUGUCAAGGAAGAAAAGGACCCAAAGGAGACUCUGCACCCAGAUACUCUUGCUAUCCUGGUCCUCCUGGUUGUCCUGGAGACCCUGGUGUGCCUGGACCACAUGGACAUCAAGGACCUUGUGGCCCACAAGGUUCCCCAGGAUUGCCUGGGGAAUCUGGACCAGCAGGUUUAGAUGGUAACCCUGGUUUUAAAGGUCUUCCAGGAGACCAAGGCAAAUCAUUACCUGGUGAGAAAGGAGCCGAGGGAUUCACAGGGGACCAAGGCCCUCCAGGACCUUAUGAAAUAGUUGAGCCCCCAGAAGAGUAUUACCCUAAAGGAGAAAAGGGGAGCAAAGGACAAAAAGGACAGUGUGGGCUGGAUGGCGUUAAAGGAUCUGACAGUCCUCCUGGGGAGAAGGGAGAGAAAGGCAUCAAGGGGUUUCCAGGACGUAGAGGACUUGAUGGCAAGCCUGGAAGUACUGGCAGACAAGGACCUCAGGGAGAACGUGGUAGCCUCGGCCUGCCUGGUCUUAUUGGCAACCAAGGGAUAAAGGGACUGCCGGGCGAUCCUGGUCCUCAAGGCGUGCCGACUUAUCAUUACUCUAAUGUUACAGGAUCUGAUGGAGACCCAGGACCAGUUGGGCUCACUGGCCUCAAAGGAAACAUGGGUGACAUGGGCAUGCCUGGCCUGCCUGGACGCCCUGGAAUAUAUGUACCAGGUUCCCUGGGCUAUCCAGGGUUAAUGGGUUUUACAGGGCCCAAAGGUCAAAAAGGAGAGCCUGGACAGAGAGUAGUGAACAUCAUAACCCCUGGGGAGCCUGGGAAAGUGGGACACCAGGGACCAAAGGGAGUUCAAGGGAGCAGUGGCAUCCCUGGCUACAAAUGCAUCCCUGGUCCCGAAGGAGCUCAUGGACAGAAAGGGGAAAGGGGUCAGCCUGGGCAGUUUGGUAGUAAAGGCAGAAAAGGUUACCACGGUUUGUGUGCCUGUGAGCCCAGCCCUAUUGUUGCCGGCCCUCCAGGUCACAGAGGUGACCCUGGUUAUCCUGGUUACCCAGGAGUGCAGGGGCCUCCUGGUCUACAAGGUGAACAUGGUCUCUCUGGAGACAUGGGACUGGAAGGAUUACAUGGUUUUCAAGGGGUUCCAGGUAUCAGAGGCGGCAAAGGAGAAAAAGGAGCCUUGUAUAAAAUGGACAUCAAGGGUUGCAAGGGAGAUACUGGACCUCAUGGCUAUACUGGUGUGCUUGGAUUGCCUGGCAAGGGAGGGGAGGAUGGAAGGCCUGGUCCUCCUGGAGAUACUGGUCCAGAGGGUGACAGUUUUGCUGGUUCACCUGGUGAUAGAGGGUUUCCAGGUAAUCCUGGUUUUAAGGGCCACAAAGGUGCAACUGGACUACAGGGUCCUGGAAUACCUGGACCACUAGGUCAGCGGGGGGAAAUAGGAGACCCAGGACCCCCAGGACGGCAAGGAAGUUGUGGGCUCAGAGGGCUUAAAGGUGAUAGGCAACCCUGUAGACCUAGCCAACCUGGAGACCCUGGACUUAAGGGAGAGAUUGGUGACAGAGGUUUUCCAGGGCAGAGUGGUCUUCCAGGCUCCCGUGGGCUUGGAGGACCGACCGGAUUCAAGGGACAGAGAGGCGACCUGGGUGACCCAGGCCAUAAAGGCCUCACAGGAGCACCUGGUUAUGCGGGAGACCCAGGAGAUACUGGACCCGAUGGCUAUAGUUAUGGUGGAGAGGCUGGGACACCCGGCAGGCGUGGACCUACAGGGUUAAAGGGACCCACUGGAGACUCAUUUCCAGGAGCCCAAGGGCCAGGGGGUCCCAUUGGACAUAUCGGAUGUACAGGGCUUAAAGGGAUCUCUGGACCCCCAGGGCCAACAGGUAGUGAAGGCGCUCCUGGGGAACCUGGAGUUGAAGGUAGGAAAGGAGAGUUUGGACCAAUUGGGCAGCCAGGGAACAGAGGGAUUGUUGGGCCAUCUCCAGUACAGUGUGAUAGCGGGUUACGAGGCCCAUUAGGAGACAGAGGACCCCCGGGAAACUUAGGAUACCCAGGUUACCAUGGUGAAAAAGGAUUUCUUGGUCUGCCUGGCCCUGAUGGGGUGGGACACAAAGGUGUUACUGGAAAUUUUGGACCCCUUGGUGAAAAAGGAUCCAUUGGUUUUAAGGGCAUCCCAGGGCCAGUCGGUGACAAUGGAAUUUCUGCUCCUAACGGACAGAAGGGUAUUCCUGGGCUACCUGGUAGGGAUGGUAUACCUGGUUGUGCAGGUGAGAGUGGAAAUCCAGGACUUCUUGGCCUAAAAGGAGAGAAAGGGCUUGGUGGGAGGACAGGUUUGCAAGGAGAACAUGGCCCCAAAGGAGAGAAAGGCAAGCCUGGAAAUUCUGGCAUACCAGGCCCAGCUGAAAUGGUACAGAUAAAGGGGAAAAGAGGCCAAGUGGGGCCCCCGGGACAGAUUGGCUUCCCUGGACCCAGAGGUGAUAAAGGUCUGCAGGGUAUACAGGGUUUAAAGGGAUACCCAGGGGAAAACGGACCUCCAGGUUUUGAGAAUGGCCUUCCGGGGCCACCAGGUGCCCGUGGAAAACCAGGUGAGCCUGGAGUCCCUGGGUCACGAGGGCCAAGAGGCAUCCCUGGAUACCCUGGAACCACUGGCGAUCCAGGUGAGCCAGGGUUGAAAGGGAAAAGUGGAACAGCUGGUAUAAGUGGAUUCGAUGGACCUAAAGGUGAUAAAGGAUAUUGUAUAGACCUACCUGGAGCUCCGGGUCAGAGAGGCCUGCGUGGAGAUGAUGGAAACCCAGCUCCUAUUGGGAGAGAGGGAGAUCCAGGGGACGUGGGCCCCCCUGGGCCUUGUGGAAAGCCUGGCACACCAGGACCUGCUGGAAACCAGGGCCAUCCUGGAUGUCCAGGAGUAGCUGGGCCUCCGGGUUCCUCUGGAAACUAUGGUCCAGAAGGCCCAUGUGGUCCACCUGGAGUCAUGGGACCUAAUGGACCCCCAGGCAGCUGUGGCCUUCCAGGUCCUCCUGGGCCACCGGGGCUGCAUGGAUUGGAUGGGCUGAAGGGUGUCAAGGGCAAUAUGGGUCCACGGGGAAUGACUAUACCUGGUGAGGUAGGGCCUCUGGGUCUACCAGGUGAAAAAGGAUGCUCCGGAGAACCUGGCUAUCCAGGUCAAGUCCAGCAAGGGGUCCCUGGUUCGAGAGGCCGGACUGGGUGCCGAGGGGAGCCUGGUGUUAGUGGUCCUCCUGGAUGCCCUGGUGUAGAAUGUAAGGAGCCUAAACCAGGACAAUGUGGUGAAGCUGGCUAUCCUGGUCAGGAUGGCCCAUCAGGACCCGUGGGGGCUAGGGGACCUCCAGGCCAGCCCAUUCCUGCAUGUGGUGAUGUCGGUGAGCCUGGAGCACAAGGUAUUCCUGGAUGUAAAGGUGAAAGUGGGUCUUGUGGCACCCAGGGACUCCCAGGGAUCGAAGGCCUAAGAGGACUGAAAGGUGAGAAAGGAGACAUGGGGUUUUUGGGGGACCCUGGAUCCUGUGGUCCCCCAGGAACAUGUGGUUUUCCUGGGCCCAAGGGACCCAAGGGACUGCCAGGACCUCCAGGUCCUUGCGGAGAACCAGGAAAUGUAAUUCAUAUAAAAGCAUUCCCUCAACCAGGCCCAUCUGGACCUCCUGGACCAUCUGGUCCACCUGGCUCCACAGGCCCAGCAGGACCACAUGGUGAAGAAGGCCGAAAAGGACAAAAAGGUGCAGAUGGAGAUCCUGGAUUGCAUGGCCUGGCUGGAGCACCAGGAUUAGAUGGUGCUCAAGGAAAGUCCGGCCAAAAGGGUGAAAAUGGACAUCCAGGCGAUGCAGGAAAGCCAGGGCCUGUUGGAGACCCUGGUCCUGAUGGCAUCACCGACAUGUGCAAAUCGGGCUUACUGAUAGUCGUUCACAGCCAAUCACCACAGGUUCCUGAGUGCCCUUUAAACUUGCCCAUGCUCUGGGAGGGAUACAGCUUACUGUACCUAGAGGGACAGGAGAAAGCACACACACAGGACCUGGGUCAGGCGGGUUCAUGUGUGCGUGUCUUCAGCACUAUGCCUUUCUCCUACUCAAACCAGGGAAGCUGCAACUACGCUAGUCGCAACGACAAAUCCUAUUGGCUCUCCACCACUGAGGCAUUACCUGCAACACCUGUGUCAGGGCAGCAGAUCCAGCGGCACAUCAGCAGGUGCGUGGUGUGUGAGGCUCCUUCACCAGCCAUCGCCAUUCACAGCCAGGACAACAACCCACCUUGGUGCCCGCCCAACUGGACUGCUCUGUGGAUGGGAUAUUCAUUCCUUAUGCAUACAGGGUCCGGAGAUGAGGGUGGCGGCCAAUCUCUGACAUCAGCGGGAAGUUGUAUGAGAAGCUUCCUCACGCAUCCGUUCGUGGAGUGCCAGGGCCCACUUGGCACUUGCCAUUUUUUCACCAACAUUUAUAGCUUCUGGCUUACUCAAGUGGGCGAUCAGGGCUUUAGCCCCAUUCCCAAGAAGACCCUUAAAGAUACAUCUGAUCAGCGCAGAAGUGUUAGCCGAUGCAGCGUCUGCAUGAGGUUUCCCAGUGGCUAUUACCAAACAUAGACUGCUUCCAGGUUCCCUUUGUAACUGUGCAGAGGAUGCGCUCUUGGUUGGUCACCUGAGUGGGAGUCAUGCUAACCCUGCAGGCCACUUUCUCUCAGUCAAAAUGAAAAAGAAAAAAAGGAAAGGAAAAAAAGGAACGAACCGCUCGCAUGAGACCGCUAGCAUUGAAAGAACAACUGUGAACUCAUUCUUCUUCUCUACGAUUUCCCACACACUGUUCCAUUUACUUGAGCUAGGAUGUCUGGGUAUUUUCUAGCUGCUUGCCUCAUUUCUCAGUCCUAAGCUAAGCUCACACUGCAGGUGGUUCAAAUUUUUGUCUUUAUAUGUGAUUUUUAUUUUGUGUAAACAACAAAACACACAGUAAAUCUGUCUCUUUUAGGUCUGAUGUGGGACACUUCCGUACACCAUGUGUUUAAAAGUUUGCAGACACCUGCUUAUCCAGUUUCUUCAGAAAUCAAGGGUAGUAGCAAGGAGUUUGUCCCUGCUUUGCUUAGCUGCUCCGACUCUUCUAGAAAGGCUUUACACUGGAUGUUGGAACAUUGAUGUGAGAAUUUGAUUGCAUUUAGCUGCAAAAGCAUUAGUAAGGUCAGGUACUGACACCACGCCCAAUCAUCAUAAAGGGAUUUGAUGGUGUCUCGUCCCUCCCAUGCACUUGACACAAAGGCUUAUGUGCAGCUGCACGAUUCUGAUGGCAGUGCCUUUCUAUGUACUUCGCUCAAGUUGUGUGCACAGCUGAAUGCUUGUGGCAGCAGUGGUCCUGAACGCAGCGAAAUGUAUUCAUUAGAAAGGGUGUCUGAAUACUUUUGGGCAUAUUGUGUAUGUGAUACUGAAAUCCUAUACCUGAUAUGCUACAUGACCAUUGAACAUCCCGGAAUUCAUGCGACUUUUAUGUCUGUCCAGCUCAACAUUUUUCAGAAUUCUUCACUGGCAGAAAUUGAUCUUAAGAAACGAUGUAGGACGUCUGGCGAUGGAGCGUUUGCUCUCGUUUAAUAAGCGUACAGGGUGGAGAGUUUUGCGCAUGCCGGUCAGUUCAGGAGCACGCGAACAACCAAACCAACACAUCGGAAUUGAGCACUUGCAGUGUGCACAUAGCCUUAGUUACAGGAAAUGAAAGGUGUUUGUCUGUGUUUCUUUACCUUGUGAUUCUAAUUCCAUGCUGGUGCCCACUACUGGCCAGUUGCACAGACUCCUGAUGAGUCAACUUUAUUAUUUACUUGUUUAGCGCAAUUUAGAUUUGUGUAGCGCUCCUUUCAACAGAUGAGAACUCCAGAGAUUCGACACCAAGCCACGGUUGACACAUUCCCUUUUUAGCACUACUGUGCACCGUCUGUCUGAUGAGAUGCCUUAACGAGCACUUGGUACAAAACCAUUUCCUUAGGUUCUUUACUGACUACAGUUUUUUAUACUUUUCAACGUCACUUGGCCUCGCCUUGAAAUAUGGUGCUAAAUAUCAUUACGUAGCUUUUUUCCAGGAUUUUUUCUGAGAAUGUCUCUUUGUUAUUAUUUCAGUUUCUUCUACAGUUAUUCUCUAACCUUGUAGCCAUCUAUUAUAUUAUCAGUGUGCAGCACUACUGCUUAUUCUCCGUUUGACCAGUAUUCUCCAUUACUAUAUUCUCUAAAUGAAGAUUGCAAGUAUUUGCAUGCAUUCAUAUGUCACUGUAACACGCAGCAUCACUUUCUCAAUACUUUGCAGUUGGUCAGCUGUUACUGCUAAUAAUAAUACUGAUUUAAGUCAUCAGCUCUUCUCUUUUAGAACAGGUGCACAGGUUAAAUGUUUAAAAUCAGACGAAUUCAUGCUUUCUCUCAUCACCUUUUUUUUUUUUUUUGCUGUCAAACUAACCUAAGUCUUGUAUCAGAAAGUGCUCCAUCAUCCUCCCUAAAGCGGAUACGUUUUGUUUGAUUUGGGGUUGUUUUUCCUGUUGGAGUAAUAAGACCGUGCUAUCUUUUCAGAGGCUUGAAGGCUCAAACAGAAAACAGGAUAUUCUGGAGAAACGGUAUCUAAUCUAUAUGGUCGCCAGGAGUCGGAACAGCUUGAUGGCACUUAAUAAUAAUAAUAAUAAUAAUAAUAGUAAUAAACUUUGCUCACGCUGUAUGUUUUAACUCGCACUAUUAAUCUAACUCCAGUGUUCUUCACUCCACAUCACAUAUUACAGGUACUCUGGAUACAGAAACCUUUUUCUUUCCUUCUUCCUGAAGCUUCUUGUGUUUUUUGGCAUUAUAUAUUCCACUUGUAUGUACAUAUGUUUGCACUGUUAAAAGUACAGCAUUGCUUUAUAUUUUUACUGUAAAUUUAAAGAGUAUUUAUUUAGGUAGAAAUGAUUUUGGUGCUAUUUUGGAGAAAAAAAUAAUGGCAAAUGGCAAAACCCUUUUUUUCUUUCCUUUCGUCUGUAAAGAGGAGACACUUGUCUGUUUUAGAGCCUGUCCUCCAACCAUUAAACCACCACCAGUGGUGACAUUCAUGGACUGAAUAUGUCUUGAGUACUGUAACGUCUUAUGUACCUGAGAUCACAGGUCCAGCAGACACACAUAUGCAUGGGAGAUUAAUACACAUGCACACAUUAUGAACUUCAUUUUAGGCUUUUCUCUUUUCUUUAUUCAAGCAAGUCAGUGAAAUCCAUGAGGGAUAAAAUCUUACCUGUAGUGUGGGGCUGUGCAUUUUCACAUGUGCUACUUUUCUGUUUAUUAUUCUGUUCAAUUGUUUAAUUUACUACAAGCUUGUUUUGUUUUUUUCACCAGAUGACCCUAAACGCAAUGUGUCCGGCCCUUAAAAGUUCAGUUGUGCCCGCAUGUGGUCUAAUAUCUGCUGCAGUAGAGCUGCACUGAGUUUAAAUGCUGUUUUUGGCCACUGUAGUUUUGCUGCACUAGAAAGAUCCAGAGACCAGCAUCAGUGUUUAGAUCUUGUCACUGGGCAUAGGCAGAUGCCCACCCAUGAAUUGCUGAAACAGUGGUAAAACUAGCAUAGAUAAAUAAUCCUAUUGUACAUUCAUUAGUGUUACUAGAAAAGCUCUGGAGACUUUUUCUUCCUUUCAUUUUGAGAUUAACUACACCUGUCGCACUUACUACUGAAGUCUCAACAGCAAGCUUCUGAGUGUAGGUGCUGAUCUUGGAUAUAGUUUUUCAAAACAUGUACAUUAAUUAUCUACCUGGACUCCCAAACACACACACACACACACACGCACACACACUGACACACGGCAUGUCAUUCGAGUGACUCCCUUUGAACCAAUCAGGAAAAAUCUUUGAUUAUUCUUCGUCCUCAUUGGAUAACACGCUCACUAACACACAUAUUCGUCUAGGCAAUUACCAGUAUUCUUAAUUAAAUAAUCAUCAUAUGUGGACUGUUUGUAAGGUUUAAAUAAAUGCAUUUUAUUUCAAAAAUG